AUGUUGGGCAUCACGGUCUUCACCGCGUUCCUGGCCUAUGCCUCCAGCUGCGGGAUCCCCAUCUUCCAGCCCAACCUAUCAGCCCGCGUGGUGGGAGGAGAGGACGCCAUUCCUCACAGCUGGCCCUGGCAGAUCUCCCUCCAGUACCUCAAGGAUGACACGUGGAGGCACACGUGUGGCGGCACCUUGAUCACCCCCAGCCACGUCCUCACAGCCGCCCACUGCAUCAGCAACACCCUGACAUACCGCGUGGGCCUGGGGAAGAACAACCUGGAGGUGGAGGACGAGGCAGGCUCCCUCUACGUGGGUGUGGACACCAUCUUUGUCCACGAAAAGUGGAACUCCUUCCUCAUUCGCAAUGACAUUGCCCUUAUCAAGCUGGCAGAGACUGUGGAACUGAGUGACACGAUCCAGGUGGCCUGCCUGCCAGAGGCGGGUGCCUUGCUGACUCAGGACUACCCCUGCUACGUCACUGGCUGGGGCCGUCUCUACACCAAUGGCCCCAUUGCCGCUGAGCUGCAGCAGGGCCUGCAGCCCGUGGUGGAUUAUGCCACGUGCUCCCAGAGAGACUGGUGGGGCAGCACGGUGAAGGAAACCAUGGUCUGUGCCGGAGGCGACGGAGUCAUCUCAGCCUGCAACGGGGACUCGGGUGGCCCCCUGAACUGCCAAGCUGAGAACGGCAACUGGGAUGUGCAAGGCAUCGUCAGCUUCGGCUCCGGGCUGGGCUGCAACACCUACAAGAAGCCCACGGUCUUCACCCGUGUGUCUGCCUACAUCGACUGGAUCAACGAGAAACUGCAGCUGUGA